AGUGCGACUUCCUUUCCCGCUUAUAUCAACAAAACAGAAACUAUCUUUCCCGCCUAAAAGCCAGACGUUUCUCAGCUGCUGCUGCGUCGUCUUCUUCUUCUCAGUUGGCAUUGUCGGAAAACCGUAACAGCAUCAUCACUCUUCUCACAACACACAAACAUGAACUCACAUGUUGCCCUUCGAAUACCUAAAAAGAUAGUACCCAACAAUGUUGUUGAUGUGGUUUUAAAGCAUUGCAUUUCACUUGAUCUUAAACUUUAUGGACAAGAUACACUCUAUUGCAAGUAUUGUGAUAAUGUAGUAACCGGCGGGUUUUACCGAUUUAUAUGUCAUUUAACUGCGAUGGAAAAUGUUGAAGCUUGUGAGGGUGUUGGUGAUGAGGUUAGGAAGGAAAUGUUGGGGAUUUAUUCCGCUUUGCAAGAGAUUAAUGAGGAAAGCAAUGAAGUGGAUGUUGUCAAUAGCAAAAAUAAUAAGAAGAGUUCAAGAGAGGAAGCAUGUCGAGCGGUUGCGAGGUUUAUUUACAACAAUGUGAUACCAUUCGAUGUGGUAUUGAGUGAUGAGUUUAAAACUAUGUGUGAUUUGUUUUCAGUGGAUGGAGGAGGGUUUAAGCCGCCGUCUUAUGAUGAGAUUAGAGGGAAAUAUUUGACGGAAGAAGUUAAGGUGACAAAUGAAGCUUUGGAAGAACAUAGAGCGAUGUGGAAGAUAACAGGUUGCUCCAUAAUGAUCGAUGCAUGGUGCAAAGGGAAUGAGGACAUGCUAAAAGUGUUAGUGAACAGUCCGAAGGGAACGUUCUUUUUGAAGUCUAUUGAUGCGUCUGAUAAGUUGGAAUCGGUUGAGGAACUCUUUGAGAUGAUGGAUGACAUUGUUGAAGAGGUUGGGGAAGAAAAUGUUGUCCAAAUUGUGACGGACCAAACACUAUACUACAAACUUGCUGCUGAGAUAUUGAUGAUGAAAAGAACUAGGCUGUAUUGGACACCUUGUGUAAUACAAUGUAUCGCGGUGAUAUUGGAAAAAUGCGAGGAGAAAAUACCUUUUCAUGAAGAGACAAUUGAGAAGUGUCAAAGAAUUGCAGUUUUUAUGUUUAUACGGCCUUCUCUCAUGUCUCUAUUAUGGCACUUCACAAAUUAUAUAAAUAUUAUGAAAAUAGACAUUUCUCCAACUUACUCGUCAUACUUAACUUUAUGUUCUCUUCACGAGAACAAAAGAGCUUUGAUAAGAAUGUUCACAUCAAAGGAGUGGAAGUCCUGCGAGUUUGCAAAGCCAGGGAAAUGGUAUGAGGACGUGGUUUUGGACAAGGAGUUUUGGAAAAAUGUUAAGAUUUGUUAUAAAGUUGCACAUCCUCUUCUUGAAGUCUUUCAUUGGGUCAAUUCAGUCGAGGAACCGGCCAUGGGUUUCGUUUAUGAGAAAAUGGAGACGGCUAUAAAGGAGAUUCAGAAAAAUCUUUCCAAAGGUGACAGAGAAAGGGAAAGUUUUAUGCUUCUACGGGAGAUCAUUGGUGAAACAUGGGACACAUAUUCGCAUAGCCCUUUGCAUGCUGCAGGCUAUUUUCUUAAUCCUCAAAUUCACUAUAGUUCUGGAUUUAGAAAUGAUAUUAAAGUUAAACUUGGUCUACUACAUUGUAUAACAAGGAUGGUGCCCGAUCCCGAAGAAAGAUCUAAGAUUGCGACUCAACUUGAAGAGUUCGAUAAACAUGCAAAUAAUUUCGAUCAUCCAAUAGCCGUAAUUACUGCUGAUAAUGAGAUUCCACCAAUUUGGUGGGCAUCUUUUGCAGAUGGACAACCAGAGCUCCAAAACUUUGCAAUUCGUGUAUUAUGCUUGACAUGCAGUUCUUUUGGGGGUUACCCUCUUAGGGAUGCCUUCGAUAAGGUUUACUCUAAGGGUCUGAAGCACACGAUUGAUAAAGAUGUUGCUUUUGUCAUGGCUAACUCAAAAUUGGCCAAAAAGGAUGAGGUAGCUGAGCAAAAACACAAAGAUAAUGAAGAUGUUGAAGACUCAGGUUCGGAUGACGUGGAACUUACUACUGAUUCAGAAGAUGAAGAUGAAGAUGGAGAUGAAGAUGAAGACGAAGACGAAUAUGAAGAUUAAUAUUUUAAUUUGAAAGAUGUUCGAGAUUAACAAGCUAAACUUUGACUAUUUUUGAUGUUUAUGCCUUGGCACUUGUUAAAAGUAUAAUUCUAUAGCUUAAGUUGUUAGUUUAUGACUUAUGAAUUGUGUCUGACUUUUCUAUGGGUUUUUAAUAUAAGUUAGCGAAGUGUUUGUAGCGAC